AUGUCUUCUACGACCAUAACCCUCUCCACCCGCCCCACAUCGACCACCAAACCCAUCGCAAUCCCUUCGUCCAAAUCUCACUCCCAGGCGCAGACCAAGCUUCGUUCCGUGCCCUCACUCGACUCGGGCUACUUUGAAAACAACUCGCCACCUCCAUCGCCACCGCCUACGGCAGAGGAGAGGCUCAGUGUGCCAAUGUUGGCAGACGAGGCGAUAGGGCUACUGGAAAAGCAGGAUGCCAAGGUGGGUUUCUUCCCUCUAUCGUGUUGGGGUGCGGCCCGUCUGUCGCGUCCUCAUCUUGAGAGCGCGUAUCGGACGCCCGGGAGUGCGCAAGUCGCAUGCCGAGUAUCCUCGCAUCUCAUGGCUUGA